GGCCACAUUUCCCUCUUAUGAGGACAUCAGUCAUAUUGGAUUUAGAACUCCCUUCUUUGUCCAGUAUGACCUCACCUUGAGUUAAUCACAUCCUCAAAGACCCCAUUUCCAGGUACCUCAAACUCUGUUAGUAAAAGUUUAACAUCUGGGAAUCUGAAAAUCUGGGAAUUCUCACACUAUUCUUGCCACUUUUGUGGUGAUCUGAAAUUAUGCCAAGAGAAAAUAAUUUGAGCAUAAUCAAAAUCUCCCCACUGGAAACCCUCUCAAGUACCCCAGGUCAUCGAGGCUGAAGUCAGAACCCAGGUCUGGACCCAGCCACCCCUCUCACCCUCUGGGCGCUCCUGUUCCUUCUCUGGCGGCACUGACCUUCUCUGGAUCCCCUGCUUCUGGCCUUUGCACUGAUCGACUUGAGCCAGGGACAUCCGUCCCCGGAACAAGGUGUGGUUCUUAAGCUCCCUGCUCAAGGGUCACCUGUCCAGAGAGCCUGCUGACCACCUGAUCUGGGACUCCCAUUCCUGUCUCUCUCCAUUUCUCUCUCUCACUUUGUCAUUCUUCCUAUCAGUCUCAUUAGUGGACGUUUCUUACAAAAAGAUGUCUGUGGAGCCUGCUCCCCUAGAACAGCAACUGCGCAGGCGCAGAGGCCCCGUCUGCACUCCCUCUGUUUCCCCGCGCAGGCCCGGGUGCAAAGCUGGCACGUGGCCGGACAGUAAACAGUUGGGCACUGGGCGCAGUAACUCCAUCCUCUGCCCAAACCUGGCGGCUCCGCCCCUGACUUAGUCACUACCAUGCAGGAGAAAUUCAAGGGUCCCACCAUGCCUUCUGAGACACCCCCCACAGACACCCUCCGAAGGUCUGCAGGGUGCCCCCACCUCUCAGGGGCACACUUGGGGAGAGGAAGCCUGGAGAAGGAGCCUCCCGAGGACAAGGAAGCCAAGGAGCUGCUGUGGAUCCGUCCUGAUGCCCCAAGCAGGUGUUCCUGGCAACUGGGCAGGCCGGUCACCGACUCCCCACAUUGCCACGAUGCCUUGGCAAAAUCUCCAAAAAUCUUGCCGGAUAUCCUGAAGAAAAUCGGGGAUACCCCGAUGGUGAGGAUCAACAAGAUCGGGAGGAACUUCGGCCUCAAGUGUGAGCUCUUGGCCAAGUGCGAGUUCUUCAACGCGGGUGGGAGCGUGAAGGACCGUAUCAGCCUGCGGAUGAUUGAGGACGCCGAGCGUGAGGGGACCCUAAAGCCUGGGGACACGAUCAUUGAGCCGACAUCAGGGAACACAGGGAUCGGGCUGGCCCUGGCCGCCGCCGUGAAGGGCUAUCGCUGCAUCAUCGUGAUGCCAGAGAAAAUGAGCACGGAGAAGGUGGAUGUCCUGCGGGCCCUGGGGGCUGAGAUCGUGAGGACGCCCACCAACGCCAGAUUCGACUCCCCCGAGUCGCACGUAGGGGUGGCCUGGAGGCUAAGAAAUGAGAUCCCCAAUUCUCACAUCCUGGACCAGUACCGCAACGCCAGCAACCCCCUCGCUCACUAUGACAUCACGGCCGAGGAGAUACUGCAGCAGUGUGACGGGAGGCUGGACAUGCUGGUGGCAUCGGCGGGCACGGGUGGGACCAUCACAGGCGUGGCCAGGAAGCUGAAGGAGAAGUGCCCUGGGUGUAAGAUCAUUGGCGUGGAUCCUGAGGGCUCCAUCCUCGCAGAGCCCGAGGAGCUGAACCAGACGGAGCAGACGACCUAUGAGGUGGAAGGGAUCGGCUACGACUUCAUCCCCACAGUGCUGGACCGCACGGUGGUGGACAAGUGGUUCAAGAGCAACGACGAGGAGGCCUUCGCCUUCGCCCGCAUGCUGAUCGCUCAGGAGGGGCUGCUGUGCGGUGGCAGCUCCGGCAGCGCCAUGUCCGUGGCCGUGAAGGCCGCCCGGGAGCUGCAGGAAGGCCAGCGCUGCGUGGUGAUCCUGCCGGACUCGGUGCGGAACUACAUGUCCAAGUUCCUGAGCGACAAGUGGAUGCUGCAGAAGGGCUUCAUGAAGGAGGAGGAGAUCUCGGUGAAGAAACCAUGGUGGUGGCAUCUCCAGGUUCAGGAGCUGAGCCUCUCAGCCCCACUGACCGUGCUGCCCACUGUCACCUGUGAGCACACCAUCGAGAUCCUCCGGGAGAAGGGCUUCGACCAGGCGCCCGUGGUGGACGAGUCGGGGGUGAUCCUAGGAAUGGUGACCCUGGGGAACAUGCUGUCGUCACUGCUCGCAGGGAAGGUUCAGCCGUCGGACCAGGUCUGCAAAGUCAUCUACAAGCAGUUCAAACAGAUCCUCCUGACGGACCCACUCGGCAAGCUCUCGCACAUCCUGGAGAUGGACCACUUCGCCCUGGUGGUCCAUGAGCAGAUCCAGUACCGCUGCCACGGGGAGUCCAGUAAGAGACAGAUGGUGUUCGGGGUCGUCACUGCCAUCGACUUGCUGAACUUCGUGGCCGCCCACGAGCGGAACCAGAGGACAAAGCCAGAAGGUGCUUUGAAACUCGGAGGUGCGGGGGCUGAGGCCCAGCUCUGACUCCUCACUGCAAGCCUGCUUGGUGGUUCUCUUUUGCUUUUGUAAAUACCAAACAAAUGGGUGAUUUUUAGCUGCCUGGUGCUGGGUGUCACUCUGUCCAGACCAGUAGCAAGACUGCUUACAGCUUAGCCCGGGGCCGGCAGAGAUCUUGUAGUUUCCCCGUCUUUAACACUUGUCCCCCUAAAUGAAUCUAUUUAUGGUUUAUUCCAUUAGAUGUGUUUUUCUUUAACUUUCUUUUAAAAGUUUUCAGCAAGCAAAUCUAUCAAAAGAGAACCCAGCCAGGCGGAUAGACCCAUGAAUGACCAGGGUAGGGAGACUGAAGGUGGAGGUGAGGGGGCCUUGCCAAGGAGUCCAGAGUGGGGUCCUGUUGCCUAGGAAGUGUGGGUCAGGGCAACAGUCCACUUGGAGCUGGGUCAGUUGAAGUGGCUGGAGUGCUUGGGGUUUUUUUAAUGGAGGUGAUAUCCCCUUAACCUAAAAUGAUUGCUUUUUAGAUGUGUAACUCAGUAGUGUUCAUUAGAGGUUGUCCAGCCACCAACUCUGUCAAAUUCCAAAAUCUUUCAUCCGCCUCUCAAACUGUCACUCCCAUCUCCCCGCUUUGCCUGGGAGUUACCACUCUGCUUCCUGUCCCCAUGGAUUUACCUGUUCUGGAUAUUUCAUAUAAAGAGAAUCAUACAGUCUGUGA